AGCCCGAGUCGGCGGGGCCCCGCCCCCCCGGCUCGCUGCGUGGUGACGUCAGCGGCGGCGUGCCCCUGUGCCUGAGCCGAGGAGACCCCGCAGCGAGCUGCCAACGCCCGGCGGAGACGCGGAGCCCCAGAGCUGCUCUGCUGCCAUCCUUUGACAAAGCGCCGUGAAGGCGAGGCCUUAACGAGGAGACCGGUGACGACCGCGUAGUCAAAAGGAGUUCAGUCUGACCAUCUGUGUUCGUCUUUGUCUCCUGUUCAUCCGUGAAUGUUUCUUCUCCCCUAGAAAAAGAGGUUCACAUUGGAGUUGAUACUAUAGCAGACGUCAGCUAUGCAGACGAUUAAGUGCGUAGUCGUGGGCGAUGGUGCUGUUGGUAAAACCUGUCUCUUAAUUUCCUACACAACAAAUAAAUUCCCAUCGGAAUAUGUACCAACGGUUUUCGAUAACUAUGCUGUGACAGUGAUGAUUGGAGGAGAGCCUUACACCCUAGGCCUCUUUGAUACUGCAGGUCAGGAAGAUUAUGAUAGAUUACGACCUCUCAGCUAUCCACAGACAGAUGUGUUUCUGGUCUGUUUUUCAGUGGUGUCUCCUUCUUCAUUCGAAAAUGUGAAAGAAAAGUGGGUACCUGAAAUUACUCACCAUUGUCCAAAGACUCCUUUCCUGCUUGUUGGGACCCAAAUUGAUCUAAGAGAUGAUCCCUCAACAAUUGAGAAACUUGCCAAGAACAAGCAGAAGCCCAUAACUCCAGAGACGGCUGAAAAACUGGCCCGGGACCUGAAGGCUGUUAAAUACGUGGAAUGCUCUGCACUUACGCAGAAAGGCCUAAAGAAUGUAUUUGAUGAGGCGAUAUUGGCUGCCCUGGAGCCUCCGGAGCCGAAGAAGACUCGCAGGUGUGUGCUGCUAUGAACGUCCCUCCACAGCCCCUUCUGCAAAGCUGGUGUUUGAUGUCAUACUAAAAGCAAUGUUUAAAUCAAACUAAAGAUACAAAUUUUAAAAUUUGUUUUUGCAAUAAUGACAAAUGCCCUGCACUCCCAUCUCCCCCACACGAUCCCUGUGUGAGAUGAGAAUGUUAGUGUUUAUUCCCCAGUGUCCCCUCAAUUCAGUUAAACUAGUUAAUUUUGAGUAAUUAUGUAGUAUCGGAAAACACUGAUCAAUACUAGUUUUUUAUUUUGUUUACUUGUUUCUAAUUUUUUUGUUUAAAAUCCAGCCAUGCUUGUGAUGACUUUUUUCUGUAACAGACUAAUUCUAGGCUGUUUUAUUGAAGCCUUGUCCCUUAUAUCAGUCUGGCAAGACCUGGUUCUGGUUUCAAGAACUCCUAGGGCUGUUCUGCGGUCAGCCAGCAGCCUGUGUGUCAGCAGACUUUCGUACUACAGACAAAUAAAGGAAAGUAAGAUGUCCCAAGCUGGUGCUCAUCUAAGGAGGAAUGUAGAAAAUGCACCUGCAUCUCCUCUGAAUUUGCCUUGUAUCUCUCCUCCUGGCUUUCUACUGUGCAGGUCGUAAAUUUCUACCCUGUCCUCUAAGUUAUAAAGUCUUAGGAAUAGAAGAAUCCUUUUCUCUGGAUGCACCAUCAGAUUUGAAAUUAGCUUGCCAGUCUCUUCGUAAACUUUUUGUCACAAGAUGAAGAAAUAACAGCACGUUUUUAAACAUGCCACACUAACUCAGUUGGCUUUUAACAAGUCCAUCUUCUGCCAGUCCUUAAUUAUUUGAGAAAUGCUUAAAACGACCAGCGUAUACACUGCUGUUCAGACAUUGAAAGGACCCAGUGUGUGUUAAAACGAGUUUUGGAGCUGGUCUUGGUGGUGCAUCUUGUGCUGGGUGGGCCAGCAUCCUUCAAGGAGGGGUGGAAAUACAGACCUGUGUCAGUAGGAAGGAACUGCAAGGAGGGCUCUUGAAGGGUUUUCUAGUGUUUAGCGUGGCACCAUGUAGGGACCAGUUAAGGGAAUCCCCUUUUUCUGCAUUUUGUUUGUAAGUAACGUUGAACCUGCAAGAUGGGCUACAGUCCUCUAAGGAUUGUGUGCAGGAUCUUUAUGUAGACUGCAGUGUUAUUAAGGAUUUUACCAAAAAACACAUUUUGGCUUGCAAUUUUUUUUCCUUUUAAGACUUAGGGAAUCUUCUCCAUCUUCCCAAACUCCAAUUUCUUGUCAACUCAUUAGUAUUGAACCAUUGCUUUUUCAUGUCUAAGUUCUUUGUAUAUGCAUUCUUUUCAGAUGUAUUAAACAUAAAAUAUCUUCACGA